UCAUUUCGGUUUGAACUGUCAGUGUGUGUGUUGGUGCGGUGGAAAUUUUCCCCACGAAAUCCCCCCAAAAAAAGAAACGAAUACUCGCCCCAAAAACAAUCGUCUCGGAAGCGGAAAAAUUCCAAAAUCGGGUACGCCUUUUCUCCCGGUUCCGUUGCCCGGAAGUGCAGUGUCGGUCGGGCUUGUUUGACUAGUUCCGUGAUAUUUCCGUGCGUGACGAACGAGCGCCUCGCAUCGAUUUUUGAACAGCGGUGUGGUGGCGGGAAGUGUGAAGUUGUCAAAAAAUGUCAGCGGAAAACUGUACCCUGGAGAGCGCUGACCUGGGCGACAAGCCUAUCAAAAUCGGUGCCAAAGAAAUGGCUGAAGGUAAUGGUGAACUGGUCGAAGAAAUUGCAACCCAGAAAAUGGAAGGCGCUGGCGAUGGCGAACGGACAGAAGACUACACAAAACUGCUAGUAUACGGGCUCGACAAAAAGGUCGCUGGCAAGCUCGAUGACAUCUACAAAACCGGCAAGCUCGCUCACACCGAACUGGACGAGCGGGCCCUGGACGCGCUAAAAGAGUUCCCCGUUGAUGGUGCCUUGAAUGUACUGAGCCAGUUCCUAGAAUCCAACCUGGAGCAUGUAUCCAACAAAUCGGCCUACCUGUGUGGGGUGAUGAAAACCUACCGCCAGAAAAGCAGAGCCAGCCAACAGGGACUACCCACACCUGCAAUAACAGUACAAGCGAAAGGUCCCGAUGAGGACAAGAUCAAAGCCAUUCUGGAACGCACAGGAUACACACUCGAUGUGACCACAGGACAACGAAAGUACGGCGGGCCGCCCCCCAAUUGGGAAGGCGGCACCCCGGGUAACGGGUGCGAGGUGUUUUGCGGCAAAAUACCCAAAGACAUGUACGAGGACGAGCUGAUACCGCUGUUCGAAAAGUGCGGCAAAAUCUGGGAUCUCCGCCUGAUGAUGGACCCGAUGACCGGUACGAAUCGGGGCUACGCGUUCGUCACAUUCACCUCCCGCGAUGCCGCCUCCGAAGCAGUGAGAGAGCUCGAUAACUAUGAAAUAAAGUCCGGCAAAUGUUUGAAAAUUAACGUAAGCGUACCAAAUCUGCGCCUCUUUGUAGGCAACAUACCUAAAUCAAAAGGCAAAGAGGAGAUAUUAGACGAGUUUGGUAAACUAACAGCCGGCCUAAUAGAAGUGAUAAUCUACAGUUCCCCGGACGACAAAAAGAAGAACCGAGGAUUUUGCUUCCUCGAGUACGAAUCACACAAAGCAGCUUCGUUAGCGAAGCGACGACUCGGAACCGGUAGGAUAAAGGUUUGGGGAUGUGAUAUAAUAGUGGACUGGGCGGAUCCCCAGGAGGAACCCGAUGAACAGACGAUGAGCAAGGUUAAAGUAUUAUACGUGCGCAAUCUGACACAGGACACCAGCGAAGAAAAGUUGAAGGAGAGUUUUGAGCAGUUUGGUAAGGUUGAGCGAGUGAAGAAAAUCAAAGACUAUGCUUUUAUUCAUUUCGAAGACCGUGAUCAUGCGGUCAACGCAAUGAAAGAACUGGACGGCAAAGAUCUGGGAGGUUCUAACUUGGAGGUUUGUGUGUCUUUAGCGAAACCUCCGUCCGACAAGAAAAAGAAGGAGGAAAUACUGCGAGCCCGGGAAAGGCGUAUGAACCAGUUUCUGCAGUCCCGGAUGGGAAUUGUUGGUGAUUUCGUUCCUCCCUACAGUAUGUCGCCCCAGCAUCCCGGUAUGAUGCCCGGUACAAUGCCGCCCAUGCGAAUUCCAAGUGGCGCCGGUGGUCCCCGGGGGGCUCCCAUGCGAGGUCCGAUGAGCCGAGGCGACUAUGCAGCAGCAAUCGGUAAACGUAAAUUCGACGGAGGUCACCAAAAUCAAGGGGAUAUUAAACGACGCUACGGAGCGGCUGCAGCAGCGGCAUUAGGAAGUCUUGGUAAUAACUGGGGCAGUCAACCAUUGCCCCAGCAACCCCUCGGCACCAACGGCGGGGAGCAGUGGUACAAUGACAGUACCUACCCAGUGUGGAGCUAAAGCAAAAACAACAGCUACAACGUCCGCAACUCGUAUCAGAAACAAUACUUACACACCAACUCACAUCAAAUGGAAUAUUUCGCUAUCACACCCCUACACUCGAACACACAUACACAUACACAAGAGCACAGUGAAACGAUACCAACGGAUGGAGGUAUUGACGGCGCAGUCAUCAUCGUUCAUAGCGCUGCGACUACGAUUUUAAUUGAAAACAUUAGUAAGAUUAUCAAAAACAAACAAACAAAAGAGCAAGUGAGCAAUUACGUAGCGACUAUUGGUUUAUCAAAAUUCACACAAAAAGGCGAAUAGCUCUCACCAAUACAAUCGUAGAUACACUCUUAAUUGCAAACGUACUACUACUAUACGAUAAACAGUCUAUUUUAAUGAUUGAUAAAACACAAUUAGAUCGAUAAUUAUACUGUAUAGAAAGCAAAAAAAAGAAACAAAAUAUCUUUCGCUAAUCAUCAUGAAAACAAUAAUAAGAAAACGGUAAAAAAUGACUGAAUUUUUCAUAAUUCUUAAUAUUUAAGAUAUAGAAAUUUAAAACAAAAUCAGCAUGAAAAAAAAAUGCGGAAAUGUAAUCAACACAGUUGUAGGAUUUUAAAAUUAUUCAAUCAUUCGGAACUUUGAGAUUAUGAAUCGUAAGUCAAUAUUCGGCCGGAUUGAUUUGAAAUUCCAUUUUAAGUUUCGGUUUGAUGAGGAAACAAAAGCAAACAGAUUUAUUCGCACACACACACACGAACACACAUACACAGACACACGUUGUGAUCCACAAACACCGCCACUCAGCUGAGGUGGGGUUUAUUAACAAACGUGAUAAGUUUACUUUUGUCGGCGAAAGAAACGUAGGUUUCUUUCGGCGUUAUUUCAAACACUAUUACCAAUACUUUCUAAUUGCUUAAGAAUGCCUAAGUCGUAAUAAGAAUUAAUAUAAACAGAAAAAAAUCACGAAAAAUCAAACUAAAAAAAACAAUGAAAUUUAGUUAGAUUGCAAAUACUACCGUGUUUCAAAAGUAUGUCGAAUAUUUAAAAGAAAAUAACAAAAUUACAGGAAAAAAAAGGUAAAACCAUUUCGGGAGUGAUCGGUACCAGUUCGGACAAAUACGUUUCGGAGAAUCGGAUGAAACUUUUAUUUUGGUGACUCUUUGGCAAAGCAAAAGUGUAAAUAAACUUUCGGAAAGUGCGAAAUCGUGUAUUUAGUAAUAACAUUUAAAAAAAACUAGAGAAAAUAAAUUUUGGAAAGUAUCAAAAAUAUAAGCGAAAAUAAAGGAAAAAAAAUGAGAAACAUGCUAGUGAUUUAUUUUGAAUAAAAAGAUUAACAAACGUCAUUAAGAAGAAAAAAAACUCAAUAUGAAGAAAUGUGAUUAUCUAAAGAAAAAAAUUGUGUGUAAAGGAAAAAAACUUAUAAAACUAGAAACUGUACGUUUUAGACUCUUCGGGUUGAAAAGAAAACGAUCUAUCAAUUUGGCUUGACGGAACGCGAGAAGGAAAAAUCGAAAUUAUUGGAAAUCUGUUAGAAAGCGAAAAUGUUACCGAAACAAAAAAGAAAUAGAUACGGCCAAAGUGAUACGCGACAAAAUUCAAAAUUACCGCCGCGAAAAAAAAAUCGGGAGUGAUUAAUCGAAUGUUUAGGUCAAACCAGGAAGAACAAAUGUGUGAAACACGAAAAUAAAAAGUGAGAAAUUUAUUCAUUUUAGGCGAAAAGAAGAACAGUUUAGGCAAGACAUUAUCUGGAAAAAAAUCGGGGUCGAUCGACAUAGCUUUUGGAACGUGGAAAACAGAAGUAGAACAAUCUGACUUAAGCUCUUUUGGUAGGGUAUGGAAAACGAUAUUUGGCAACACUUGUCGCAAUGACAACUGAGUGGGCGCUAGCGCUCAGGAGGCAACUUUGUGAAGCUUACCGCUGUCGUAGCGUCGUUCGUAACAAACUUUCAAGACGUUAACUUACUAUGAAUUAUCUUUUAUCUGAAAUAUCACAACACUGUAACACUGAAUGCGAGAAAUUUCACCCUUAGAAACGGUUCAAUUCCUGAGGAUAGGCAACAAUUUGGUACUGGCACAGACAGAUUCACGUUGCAUUGGAAUCGUAGUGGAGUAUAAAUGAAUUUUUGUUUAGUUAACUUUGUUAUUUGUUGAUUUCAUACACAAUAUUUCAAAGCGAAUUAAGAUGAAAAAAAAAACAAGCAUAGAAGGAUAGCAGAAAUCGUUCAAAGCAAAAAAAAAUCUUAGCACAGAUUGUGAUGUAAGCAAAUGAAAACAUUCGGAAUCACGCAACCGACAGUGAUAGCGCGGAUAAAAUAUCAACGUUUCGACCCCACAUUAUCGUUUAUCAACGUACGCACGCAUCGCUGAACACGAUUCUGAAUGUUCAAUGAUGCCACGAAAAAUGCCUUAAACGAAAUUCACUCUCGACAGCAAAAACACACGCAAAGUGAUCAUACAUACGACAACACACACACUAAAAGGAGCGGGAAAGUAGCGUCAAGCGGAAAAGCGAGAAAGAGAAUGCACAGGAGAAGAGAUACACAACAGAAGCAUACAAGCAAAACAAAAUGUGGGAGAAAAGACUGAACGAAAAUUAUUUCAAAUUAUUUAGAUGGAACGAAAGCAUGAGUAUGAACAGAACGUUUCCGAUCGAAUAAUGUAAAACAGUAAUGGCGGCGCGAGGACCAGGCGUGCACGGACUGUGGCGCCCAUUCGACCCGGAGGCUCCACUCUGGCGUAUGGGGGGACAAGUAAGGCAAAUCGGAAGGACAAUACGCAGACUCGGCAAACCCCCUUUCAACUAGUGUGCUAGGAACGUUCGAUUAUUAUUUGUUUACUGUCAAAAUCACGAUCGAUAUCUGUAAAAAGAAAAGCAAACGCUGAACGCGAAACAAAAGUAAAAUUAUGCAAUAUUCAAUCAUUAUUUUUAAUAUUUUUGUGUAUGAUCUAAAAGAAAACUCAAGAAACAAAAUAUGUAACCGAGUAAUACGAUUGUAAAAGUGAAACGAUAAAUUUAGUUGUAAACAAGUUUUCCAGGUCGACAGAAUCGGAUCUAGAUAGGUUUUGACCCACGUGCAAAACAUAAGCUGUACGGUAGUAGGCCAUGACCGCCGAUGGUUGGCAAACCAGUGUUGCUAACUGCAAUCCAAUAUCUUUUGUUUGCUAUCUUUUUUUUUUGGUCUAAAAAAUCGUUACCUUUUGUUUAUCUAUUUGUAGUUGUAAUUUCCGUUAAAUUUUUCCGUUACUUUUAGUCGUUACCGUUUUUAGCCAUAACCUGUAAUUUGUUUUUAUUCAUCGAUGUUGGUUAAAUAUUUUUCUGUUGGUUCGGUUGGCAGCACCCGCAAGCUGCUUUUGGCGCGAAUGGCAUACUGUCAGGACAGAAAAAGGCGCGUUCGUUCGGCGGAAAAAUAACCUAAUUAAAUAAAUAUUAACGUUUAGAUGUUAUUCUUAAUUGUACGCAAGACACAGCCAACGGAUGGAACACUAAUUUGUAAAGAAGCGUAUUGAUAAUGGAAAGAAAAGAAAAUCAAACACUGACAGAACUAAUCGACAAAAAAAUAAAUGGCAAAAACGUGAGAAUCAGAGAAAACAAAAAAAUAUUUGUAUAAAAAUAUAUAUUGAAAAGUUAUUAUGUUAAUUAUAUAUUUUUUAUUUUAUAUUGUAUUUUGAUAACGUAAAUUUUAAUUAUUUUAGAUAAAAUUUCCCUAUUUUUAGUUCAUACAAGAGAGAACGCGCACCCGAUAAAUAACCACAAAAAUGUUUUCAGAAAAAUGAAACUAGGAAUCCCUUGAACGAUUUCCCCCCUUCUACCGUUUAAAAUGCAUAACAAACAAACCCCUUUAAAAUAAUAAAUUAAUUUUAAAUUAUCCAAAAGCCUCCACACACUAUUUUUUUUAUUUAAUGUUUACAAGGUUUAGUUUUAAAACGGUAUGUCAACGUGAAGCUUAACCCACACAACCCAUUCAAACAAUUUCCAUUUUUGAUCGUCAAUCUAGUUUAGUAAACGUGUUUCAAACAAAACAACUGCAAAACAAAACAGAUGUGGAAUCGCAAAAAAAUAAUAUAUUAUUCACAGAAUUUUAAUCUUAUACAUAGUGACGCAGACUAGUUUUAAUCCCCUUAUCUACACAGAAGCAGCAAAAGAAAGCAAAACUAACAUUUUCAAACAACACAAACAAAAUAGAUUAACAACAAAACAAACCCAGAGAUACCGCAACGUCAGAACGUAAAAUAAGUACGAAGAUUAUGACCCCUUGAUUUGAAUGAAAACAACAAUGGUGACCUCGAAUUAGAACGCCGUUUGUUAAAGUUUUCAUCACACACUACUCAAAUGAGCAAAAACUCAGAGCCACCCGAGGAUAGACCACGCAAAAUGGAGGAAUGAAUGUCACAAAUAGGAUGAACAAACCAACACCAACAACCGCAGAACAAGCAACAGCGCUAAAACACACCAAACAACAGUCAAAGCCAACUUUGUCCAGACGCCAUUUUAGUUUCAGUUCACUCACACCCCCCUCAUAUACACACAUACACCCGUCGCCAUAGCAUUCUCUUCCGCUCUUCGCGCUGAUUUUGUCCACAGGCAAAGAAGUUUUUGUUCUAUCCUCGCACAUUCCCCGACAUCUAAAUUCGACAUCCCCUCCCCACUCUCCUGUUAGAUCCCUUAUCACAUAUUUCCCAGUUUUGUUUUGUAUUUUAGUUUGAUGGUUCAACAUAAUUGACUUAUCCCUUUCAUAUUUAUUUCAUGUUCUCAACAAUAGCACUCUUCUUCACUACAAAGCAGAACCCUUCUUUCAUUUCUAUAGUUAACAAGAAGCCAUUGAGAGAUUUAUUCCUUAUAAUUUUGUUAUCGUUUCGCAUUACAUUACUCUUUGACAAAUUUAAUGUUUUCAUUUUGGAUCUGGUUGGCAAAUUCAAUUCAACAUAAUUACCACACACACACACAAACGCAGACAUUUAUUAACACAACCGCAGGAUGUACGUAACCCGUAAGACCCAAUGUAAAGAAGAAGUAUAGCGUCAUGGAUUCAACAUGGCAACAAACGAGCAAAUUAGAAUCUGUACUACUAACAACAAAGUAUAACAUCAAAAGAAAUAUUAACUGAAUGAAAACUAAAGGAAACAACAAUGCAAGCAGAGACGGAAGUGUCUUGUGGCAUUCGGUACAUAAAUUCAAAACAGAUACGAAAUCCAAACCACAAUCGCAAGAUGCUCCCGUUUCUGACGAUAGUCAGAUAUACAAACUUCCGGCAAUUGAUAACAACAACUCAGUAAACAAACAGCAAGUAAAAGAGAAGGAUAGGACUCAACGCAAGCAGGAAAAAAACCCGAGAGAAGAGACAGAAAGAAGUGAAUCAUAAAACGAGAACAGACAAGUAACGAAUAAAUAAAGAUAAACAUCCUUUGUAUCUUCUCUAUAUACGAAAGAAAAAUAAAUGAAAAUAAAUGUUGAA